UGAGUGGUUAAAAAGAGGGAGCCAACACGAGGACUUUCCGGGAGGUCACCCCUUCCCCUCUAAUUCUCUCGACAAACGAAGAGAGAUUUUAAGGGGUUUUCACUCCCUUUCAUCUUCUUCUUCCUCUCGCCGAUUCCUCUCUCUCUAGCUCUCUUUCUCUAUAUUUCUCCCACGUGCUCCGUCUCUGUUAUGUUCUAUCUUCAACGACCAAACUGAAUCUAGUUCUUUGGAUUUCGAACAUAUUUUAGUACUUAAGCAGUAUUCUAGUGAUGGUCUAUCUCCAAUCUGUUUACAAUAAGGCGUAUUUACUCUCACUUCAGAUUUCUGGAUCCUUUAGUUAGAUUUUAGUGAUUACGCUUCUGUGUCGAAUUCAAUAUCACUUGUAUAAGCUUUUCACUUUCCUGAUUUCAUAUUAUCUUGUAAAUUUGGUUUUGAUAGGACUUGAAAGAAGCAAUUUUGAAAGGACUAUAUACCAAAGACCAUCCCUUGUAGCAAACUAGCAAUUGGUCAUUAGGGUUCAUAUGAGAGGUCUGAGACUAAGAAGCAGAGUUUUUAUGCCCAUUUACUUUUGAAUUCUCAUAACGAGAAGUGAAAGAAAAAUCCCUUUUUCGCCUCUUGAUUCCUCGGUUUCUAUGGAUAGAAUCAGUCACUUAGCUGACGAAAUCUUAUCGAAGAUUUUGUCUUUUCUUGGGACAAAAGAUGUUAUGCAAACUAUGCUCUUGUCUAAACGCUUUAAGUCUCAGUGGUUGUUGGUGCCAAAACUUGAGUUCGAUGAUAGCACUCACUUGCCUGAAACUUGGGGAUAUCAAGAGCCUGAUUAUGGGAAUUUUCGACGGUUUGUGGACAGAUCGUUGCUGUCACGUGAAGGUCGUGUUCUACAAACUCUGUUUCUCAAGUUAGGUCGACAAUGUUCAUAUGAUGAUAUUGCGAUUUGGGUUGGAAUCGCAGUGAAACGUGGUCUAAUGGAGCUGAAACUCAAAUACACUGACAGCUAUUAUCCAAAGCGUAGUUCUCUUCCAAGAAGUCUUUACACUUGUGAAACACUUGUGGUCUUGAAAUUGAAGAAAGGUUAUUUGGAUGUUCCUGAUCUCGUUUGUCUUAGGUCUCUGAAAACUUUAUCGCUCAGAGAUAUGAAUUACUCCAACGCCAGUUGUCUCCUUAGACUUUUAGCCAGUUGUCCUGUUCUUGAAGAGUUGUUCAUACAACAAGGUUACUAUGAUUCCUGCGCGUUGAGUUUCAAGAUUAUACUGCCUUGCUUGAAGAAGUUAUCUUAUCUCCCAAAAAGAAAAAAAAAGUAUUCUGGGAUUGACCGAUCUGAAGUUUCUGGUGGAAUUUCAGGACUUGUGUUAGAUGCUCCUUCUUUGAAAUACUUGCACAUUGUAGAUCGCUCGGGUCUUUUUUCGGUUAGCGAGAUUAUCAACAUCAAUGCUGUAGUGAAAGCCACUCUUGAGGUUAAUGCCAGCCGACCCGAGAAGCUUCUGUAUUCUCUUGUUUCCGUUGAGCAUAUUCGUUUAUGUUUAUCUGCUACAGAGGUUGUGUAUCCUGUUGGACUUGGUAGCUCCUUCCAUAAACUCAAACGGUUGGAGGUUUGUACAUGCAAAUCUGAGUGGCUCGAUCUAUUCAUCCAUCUGCUCGAAGAUUCGCCUAGCUUACAGGAUAUCAAAAUCAAUCAGUGUCAUCCUGUUACAAAUCCCCGACCUCAAUGGAAUCAACCGGGCUCUGUUCCAAGAUGUUUAUCCUCAAGUCUUGAAACUUUGGAGUGGGUAGAGUAUGGAGGAACGCAUGAAGAGAAAGAACUUUCGACAUAUCUCUUUAAAACCGCAGUUUGUUUUAAAAAGGCGAGUUUUACCGCUAAAUGGAGUGGUGGUGAUGCCAACAAGAAACUGCAGAUGCUUCAGGAGUUAGCCUUGUCGCCAAGGGUUUCACCCACUUGUGAGCUUGUAUUUAAUUGAAAAUUUCAUGCUGUUCACUCAGACCAAACAUCUUCCGAUUGUCUUUUCGUUUUGAGUUUUAUUUCCUCUUUUGGAGUUUGAUGUUAAAGUCUGCAGUGUUCUUAACUCUUUGAUUUAUGGAUUGUGUCUAUAUAGGAAUGGUUAAAAUAUUAACCCAAUAAACCUAAAUUUGCUAAAUUGCAAGAUUUACUUAUGUCUCU